AUGAGCUUUCUCUUUGGUCGCUCCACAAACGGUUCAAGCACACAGAAGUAUAAAUCGAGCCAGUUUGGCCCUAGAACUGCCGGAAUUCACAAUAAGAGUCAUAUGUCUACUCAAUCUCAUUCAGGGGCAUCCGGUCUUCUUAACAGGACUACUGGGUUCAAUUCCCAUGAUACCUCAUCUUCUCUAACUGAAGAAGACGAUUUUGAAAUUAUCACAAUGGAAGAUGCACUUCCGGAUGUAGAAACUACUGACCAAGAAGUGCCUUUUGGUCGCAAAUUUGGAAAAAAGUACUUUGGGUUCGGUGAGAAAGUCCGUAAUCUUAACCAUGGUAGUUUUGGUGCCAUUCCAAAUGCAGUGUUGGAUGCCAGAGUUCGUCAUAUGAAGGAUAUCCAGCUGUUUCCAGAUCCUUUUUUCAAGACCGGGAUUUUCAACCAGAUUGCUCCUAUUCGAAAACAGGUAGCUGAGUUGGUUGAUGCUGACCCUGAUAAUCUUGUUUUUGUCACCAAUGCUACUACUGCCGUGAACACCAUUCUACGGAGCUAUCCGUUCAAGAAAGGCGAUACUUUCAUUAUUUGUAACACUAUAUAUGGUUCUUGUCGAAAUACUAUCCAAUUUCUUCAAGAUCGUGUAGGUGUUAAAGUGGUAGAACUCACGUUCACGUAUCCCAUGAACCACGCUGAGAUUCUAGAUCUUUUCACUAGUGCUAUCGAUUCGUACGAAAAUGUUCGUAUGGCGUUCUUUGAUACUGUGUCAUCGAUGCCUGCUGCUACUAUCCCCUGGGAAGAGCUUUGUCAUAUUUGUAGAGACAGAGGUGUGUUGUCCAUGGUAGAUGGUGCUCAUGCCAUCGGUUUGAUUCCUCUUUCUCUGAGAACUGCCCGUCCUGAUUUCUUUACGUCGAAUCUCCACAAGUGGCUUUUUACACCCAACUCUGUUGCUUUACUCUAUGUAGACCGUUCACAGCACCACUAUGUCCACUCUUUGCCAGUUUCUGCUGUGUAUCUGGAUGACAACACCACACUUUCUGGCGAUAAAGAACAGUCUCGUCUGGCUGAUACAUUCUUGUACACGGGUACUAUUGACUACAGUGCCAUUCUCACCAUCCCCGACAGCAUAAAAUUCCGCAACGAGGUCUGUGGCGGCGAAGAGCGCAUCCGCCAGUACUGCACCGACCUGGCUACACGCGGAGGAGCUCUUGUUGCCAAAGAGUUUGGCACCGAGAUCCUCUCUGGCAAGGAAGACAACCUCAUCACCAGCAUGGUCACCGUCGCCCUCCCCUAUAACCCAGCCGACUCACCCAGUCUCCAGGGUGAGAUCAACGGGAAAUACAUCGAGUACAUCAUCCGCGAAUGGAACACGUUCGUGCCCAUUAGCUACUACAAAGGCCAGUGGUGGAGCAGGUGGAGCGCCCAGGUAUACGUUGACAUCGACGACUUCAAAUACGGCAUCCGUGCCGUGCUCAACACCCUCGAGUACCUCAAGUCUCUGGGUUACAAAUAG